AUGGCGAAAAUCAUGGAGAAUCGGUCUGCAAACCUGUUGCACGACAAAAAGCUCCUUUCCUGGCUGGCAGAAACACCGGAAGAGCCUCUAGAAGAGGAGCUGGAGAUCGUAGACGCACACCACCACAUCUGGGACAUGCGCGAACUGAAAGGAUACAACCUCUUCGGGAUAUUCAAGCAACAGCUAUACAUGACGGAUGAGUUGAUCGACGAUUUCGUCGGGGGUGGGCACAACGUCAUCGGCAGCGUCUACGUGACCGCACAUGCGUUCUUCCAGAAAGACCCGGAGCCCGCAUACAUGGCGCCCCUAGGAGAAGUGCAGUUCGUCCAGGGGAUCGCGGCGCAGUUUGCGUCGGGGAAGUACGGGGAGAAUCUUCGCGUAGCCUCGGGCAUCGUCGGCAGCGCGGACCUCGCCACGUACGGGGCCGAGCUGGAGCCAUUGCUCGUUGCCUGCAAGGCCGCCAGCCCAAACUACCGGGGGAUCCGAUGCACUGGGGCGCAUGAUCCAAAGGUGAAGAAUGCGCCCACGCACCCGACGCCCGGCCUGUACGCGGACGCGAAGUUCAGGGAGGGCUUCGCCCUACUGGAGAAGCACGGCCUGCUUUUCGACGCCUGGGUGUUUUCGUCGCAGCUGCCCGAAGUGGCCGACCUGGCGAAGGCCUUCCCCAACACCACCAUCGUGCUCAAUCACGCGGGCACGCCGAUCGCGGGUCUAGGGAACUACUCCGGCGCGCCGGAGUACGACGGCAAGCAGGCGGAGAUCCUUCGAUCUUGGAAGCAGAGCAUGCAGGCCAUCGUGGAAUGCCCCAACGUCUUCGUGAAGAUCGGUGGGCUCGUGCUCCCAUAUGUGGGCAGCGGGAUGGAGUCCCUUGACAAGCCGGUGGGUUCGGAAGACUUGGCCUCCAAAGUGAGAGAAGCCUUCACCUUCGUGGUCCAGGCCUUCGGCCCACAGCGGCAUGUUCGAGUCCAACUUCCCUGUGGACAAGGUCGCGUGCAGCUACACGGUUCUCUGGAACGCGUACAAGCGGCUCUCCGCCGGUUUGCCCGAAGGGGAUCGCUGCAGGUUGUUCAGUGGUACUGCUAA